AUGGAAGAGCAUGAGUCAAAGGGUUUAAGUCCCGAAAAAAAUCCAAAUAACUUUUCACAUUUUGAGGAUCACAACGAGGAAGUUAAGGCUGAUAGGAAAGAAGUUUCCAGGAUUGUGGAGUCUGUUAGCGGGUCUUUAGCAUUAAUCACGUAA